UCCUCCGCUCCGCCACCGCCGAAGAAAAUGACGCAGCGCACCUGACAGGCGUGUUUUUAGCCUGUUAGCUAGAGAGCAACAUCUCUAAACGCUUAUUAACGCUCCCUCGCUUUCAAAGUCAAACAUUUCCACUGGAUAUAAAAGUUCUUAAAGGUCCCGAAUCAAGAAAAAAGGAAAAGAAAAAGGCAGAGCAGCCAUGCAGAUCACACUGAAGACUUUGCAGCAGCAGACCAUUCAAAUAGACAUCGAUGAUGACCAGACGGUGAAGGCAUUGAAGGAGAAGAUUGAGGCUGAGAAGGGCCCAGAAAGUUUUCCCGUAGCGGGACAGAAGCUGAUCUAUGCUGGGAAAAUCCUGCAGGAUGAUACGCCCAUCAAAGAGUACAAAAUUGAUGAGAAGAAUUUCGUGGUGGUGAUGGUGUCAAAGACAAAAGCACCAGGAGCACCCGCUCUACCCUCAGAACCACCUAAAUCUGCCCCUGCACCAUCCUCUUCCUCCUCUUCUCCUCCUCCUCCUCCUCCUGUUCCGGCCCCUGCAGCCAUGCCCAUCCCCAGGGACGAGGGUUCAGAUGACCCUCCUGCGACCGUCUCGCCUGUACAGAGUCCUGACGGUGGCUCAGGUCUUGGGGCUGAUGGGGAAGAUGCAUCUUCAACAUUAGUCACAGGUCAGGAGUACGAUGCCAUGCUCACAAAUAUCAUGUCUAUGGGCUAUGAGAGAGAUAAAGUGGUGGCAGCACUUAAGGCCAGUUAUAACAACCCUCACCGUGCUGUGGAGUAUCUUCUCAAUGGGAUCCCCACUGUCCCAGUCCAGGAAACCAGUCCUGCUCCAGCUCAGCUCCCCACAGACACACAGCCCCCAGAAGGUGAGAAUCCUUUGGAGUUCCUGCGCUCUCAGCCGCAGUUCCAGAGCAUGAGGCAGGUGAUCCAGCAGAACCCGUCCUUACUGCCGGCCCUCCUGCAGCAGCUGGGACAGGAGAACCCCGAACUACUGCAGCAAAUCAGCCAGCAUCAGGAGCUCUUCAUCCAGAUGUUGAACGCACCGGUGGGCGAGGGUGAAGGCGAGGGAGGAGAGGGCGGAGAGUUUGCAGAUUUAGGUGCUAUCGGUGAUGAAGCAGCACCUGGGAGUUACAUCCAGGUGACGCAACAGGAGAAAGAAGCCAUCGAGAGGUUAAAAGCUCUGGGGUUUUCAGAAGCUCUGGUGGUCCAGGCGUACUUCGCCUGUGAGAAGAACGAGAACCUGGCCGCAAACUUCCUGCUCAAUCAGAAUUUCGAGGACGAAUGAGAGUCGCGGCGACCCCGCGUGCCCCUUUCCCCCCGCCACCACACAAGCACUGCAUCUACUCGGGACACCGGUUUCCCCCCCCAUUAUUUCUUUGAGUUUACAAGUCAAGGGGAGACUCGCAGACUGGUUGGGGACGGGGCGGAUGCAAUCACUCGGUGAACAAAUUCCAAUGGAAUUGACGGCAUUUGGGUUGAAUGCACUCUAGCAUGUUGAAGAAGUGUGCUUGCACGUGUGUAUGCGUGUUCCCUUAGGGAAUAUUUGACUAAAUCGGCAUCAAUUGAAAGCAAACGCUCUCCUAGUAGUAUUACAGGCUUGGAGGAGGUUAGAUGUGGGCAUAUGUAUUUGCUUUGUUUUUAGUUGGGAAAAGUUAAUAAUUUAUGUCUAAUGGAGGAUUUUAUAUAUUUCUCUAAAAGCAGAGAUAUUGCUGUAUUUCUCCCAGCACACAUUUUCGAUGAAUGUGACAACAGCAUUGAUAUACAAAACGAUUAGUGCAAACGAUAGCAUUUCUAUAACAUUCUCAGCAAAACAACUGAGCUAAAUUGAUGCUGUUUUAUAAACAAAUGCAUAUCAUAAUUGGAGUGAUGAUUGUUACUUGUUUAAAUCUACUUGAAUUGGAGAAACACAAUAGGUCAUUUGUCCUAUUUAAAGUCAACAUGAAAUGGCAGUCACACGCUUUUUAACUUCAGUAAGUUUAAGAGAAAAUCUAUUUCACAAAAUGGUAGAACGGGACUCAGAAAUAAGUAAUUUCUUAUUUUUUAAAAUUUAAAACAUACAUUUACAAAUCAUGCAUAUUUACAUGCUUUAGGGACAUACGUAAAGUCAAUUUCAUGUUGACUUUAAAAGCUUAUUUAAAGUCAGAUUUCCACUGACUGAGCAAAACAGGUCACGAGGUCACACAUAUAAAUAAAGAUCAUUAGCUCUGCUUAUAUUAACACUAGAGGACCAGCCUGUGUUAAACAGCAACAAAGGGUUUUUUGGCACACUAGAGCUCACCACAUUUCAGAAGAGACCUGUUACAGCAUGAUGAUACUUUGUGCCGCCAGAUUAAAAGUCCUGUCAAAGGGAGAUUUUCUUGAAUCAUAUUGGUGUAAAGCUGACAAUGGGUUCCUCUGUCCAUGUAUUGAGAGUAAAGUCUUGUAACAUUCAGCAGAUGGGGAGAGAGCCUUCGGCAGCGAUUCACCUUUACGUUGAUUUCGCUCAUAGCAAACAAAAUGCUCCUUUAUAAUGUAGUAGCCAAACUGCCAGACAGUAGACUUUUGUUUACCAUCAGCAGGCCUACAUGAAGUCUGACCUAGUGGAUUUUUGAAGAACGAAAUGCACAAUGCUUUUAUUGCAAUGUAUUAUUAAAUUCUUAAUGUAUUAACAUCAGCAAAGCUCUGUGGAUCCAGAUUCCAUGUAGGCCUGCUUGUUAGUAAUUAAUCAUUUGAUUUAUAGCUUGAAACUCCCCUGGGAUCAAUAAAAUCUUAUUGCAAAAAAAAGUUUCAGAGUGGUGUUGAUUUCUCACUAUAAACAAAACAAUACCCACAUCUUUGUACAGUCAAGAACAUCAUUUAUUCAAUCAGGUGCUGCUCUUUACAAACAUUUUAGUUUUUUAUAAUGGAAAAGAAUCUGUAAAUAACACAUGCAGAUUGCCAAAGGCUCUGUGGAGGCGCGUGGGGAUGGAGAGCGCUGGAUCAGAGAUGCUUCUGUACCAAAACGAGAAAUUAAAAACAUCGGUAGGAGAGACACAAUCCGGGUAGAUGUUUAAAAAUGCGAACGGCUACAUAUGCAUAAGGGGCAGAUUUUGAAUAAAUGAAUGCAAAUAAAGUUUUAUAAUCCUGACACAAGCCAAUGUGGAUGGAGGGAUGAUUAAUACUGAUUUUGGUGCUACUGAUUCUUAAGGAGAAAAUAAACCAUGUAAACAUAAAUCCUAAAAUAUCAUUACAUUUUUUUUUUUAUUUAGAUGACCAAAAUAUUAUACUAUACAUGCAUAGCAUGUCAAUGGCAGUUGCUUGGCUGGCACAUGCAACCCUGAAUUAAGGCCUGCUCACACCAAGAACAAUAACUAUAUUAGCAUUUAGAGCAAUGCACCAGUAUGAGUUAAUUGAAAGUGCAUGCUAUACUUUUGUCAUCU